AUGAGAACUUUAUUCUUCUUAUCAUUUACAGUAUUUACUGCAUUUUCCACAUCUCCGAAUGAAUGUGAACCUGAUGUAGUCAAUUGCUUAUCAUGCAAAGCAGAUGAUACAACUCAAUGUGAAACGUGUGCAACUGGAUAUUAUUUAAACAAUAAUUUAUGCACCGCAUGUACGGCUGGUUGUUCAGUUUGCACCGAUGGAUCUACUUGUUCUGAAUGUACAACUGAAUAUUAUUUGGAAAAUAAUAAAUGCAUAGCAAAAGCGGCGUGUGGUGCUUCUGCAACGGGAUGUUCGAAGUGCAAAGCUGAUACUACAACAUGUCUUUCAUGCACGGCUGGUUAUUAUUUGGCAAGUGGUUCUUGCACAGAAUGUGCAGCUGGCUGCUCAGCUUGCGAUGAUGCCAACACUUGUACCGAUUGUAGUGAUGGAUAUUAUUUAAGUGGUACUACUUGCACAAAAUGUAAAACUGGCUGUUCGGCUUGCGAUGAUGCCACCACUUGUACUGCAUGUAGUGAUGGAUAUUAUAAAAAAGAUAAAACAUGUACUGCCUGUUUCGCAGAUUAUAAAUGUGCUACAUGUGCCGAAGACACAACUGAUAUCAAUGGUAAAUGUACCAAAUGUGAUACAACAACCAAGUACAAAUACAUGAAUGGUAAUAAAUGUGAUGAUUGUGAAACUGGAAAAAUCACAUUAAAAAAUACAUGUGAUACCACUGCAAACGCAUGUGGAAGUGGAUGUACUGCAUGUGUAGAAGUUGCUGGAAGUACAACAGCAAAAUGCACCAAAUGCACGAAAGAAACCGAUUACAUCAAUCUUGAUGAAACAUGUGCAACAACUUGCAAAACUGGUAAAGCAAACAAAGAUACAAUGACUUGUGAAGAAUGCACUAUUGAAGAUUGCGAAACUUGUGAAGCAGUUGAAUCUGCUGAACAAUGCACUAAAUGUGAAACCAAAUACAUAUCUGCCGACAAACUUUCAUGUGUUGAUUCAUGCACCACUGGUAAACCAGUUGAAACUCCAAUCAAAACGUGUGAAGCGUGUGCUACUGAGAAUUGCAAUGUUUGUGAUAAAGACGACAAGUGCACUAAAUGCAAGACCGAUUUCAAUCUGGUGACUGACACUUUGAAGUGUGUUGAGAAAUGUCCAGAAGGAUACAUGAAAGAUAAAACCACAAAUAAAUGCAUGAAAUGUACCGUUGAAGGUUGUGCAACUUGUGAAAAGGUGGAUGAAUGCACUGCAUGUAUGGCUGAAUACACAUUGGAGGGAGGAAAAUGCAAUGGAGCACAUGCUGUUUUCGCAAUUUUGGCUAUAGUCGUUACGGCUUUCUUAUUCUAA